AUGCCGAUUAGAUACAUUCGCGUUGUAGCAAAAUUGAAUGGUUCAAAAAUAUUAUGUAUCGACCAAUACAGGUACGGUAAACACAGUGGUUCGAGGGGGCCGAAAGGAAGAUGGAUCUGCACCAGUGUAUUUUUCGUGGACACUGGCCGGGGCACGCAGGCUCUGUGUGUGGGCCAGUACCGCUACAACCGUCACAGCUCUAGCCGCGGCCCCAAGAGUCGAUGGAAUUGCGUUAAGGCUAAGUUUGGCUGUGCAUUUUUUUCUACUACUCGUUAUGGCAACCCUGUCAUCACAGUUGGCAAUUACCGCUACAACAAGUGGAGUGGUAGCAGAGGUCCCCACAUCAGAUGGACUUGUGUCAAGAACCAGAUGGGUUGCCGUGCCACUAUCACCACGCUCGAAAACAUGUUAGAUGUAGCUUGUAUUGUGCAUGAUUCAUAUCACGAUGCAGUGGUGGAAGCUGUAUUUACUAAAUCCCGGUAUGGUAAGCCGGUGAUACAAAUUGGUGAUUACCGUUUCAACAAGUGGUCCGGCAACAAGGGGGCUCGCGCGAGAUGGGUGUGCGCCAAGACUUGCUACGGUUGCCGUGCUAAGAUUAUCACUGUAAACGAUGAGAUUAUCCAAUUGUACAACGAUCAUAAUCACUAG